AUGCAGCAACCAACAUCCAUCUAUAUUCUUCUUUCUCGACAAUCCUCACAAAAUGCGUUUUAUUCUUCAAGUGCUCCAAAUUCUUCCUGCCGCUCUCUCUCCAUUGCCUCUUGCCAAGUCGUCUCGAAUCCGAAACCGGAACCUUUCACUGAUUUCGUCAAUUAUAUCUUAUGGCACCCUGCUGCAGACGCUGUACAGUGGCAUACACUUUAUGCUCGCUCUCUCCAGCUGCCAGACGAGUCCCUUCUCAUAACCUGGGAAAACUAUCCACUCGAGCCACCACUCGUCAAUCACCCUAUCUUCCGAUCGGUUGACGGUGGCUCAACCUGGUCCAAAUAUUCUGCCGUGGAGGACCAAGUGAACGGCUGGGGCAUGCGCUUUCAGCCUUUCCUCUACACGUUACCUGAUAAGUUUGGUGGAUAUGCUGCCGGGUCUGUUCUUGCCGCUGGUGUUUCUACCCCCUUCGGUCUCACAGGAGGAGAACCAUUCUUGAUGUUUUAUGAGGGGAAGAUUGUCUGCUUCUUCUCCGACCAACGUGAUCCAGCCCAUAGCCAGAAACUCAUCCAUGUUACCACCACCGAUCUUCUCAUUUGGUCCGCCGAUGUUCCUGACGUUAUUUAUCCCGUCCAGGGUGACCGUCCCGGCAUGACUACCGUCGCACAUAUCGAACACACUGGCAAAUACAUCAUGACUUACGAAUAUUGUGGAACUGCUGGUUGUGCUGUGCAUUACAAUGUUGCCCCCUCGCCGUUGGAGUUCGACACCGUUGCAGGCAUUCCAUUGGUCUCAAAUGACACGCGUCCGAUUACUCCCUAUGGGUCUCCAUAUGUGAUUUGGAUGCCCUAUCCAAAAUGCCAGGACGGUUCCGGGCUAGCCAUCGUCGGCGCCGGUAACCAGGAAGUUGUAUUCGUCAAUGAAGAUGCGGCAGAUGCAGAUGGUUGGAAGACAGUAAAUACGGGCAUGUGGUCAGCCUACUCUCGCUCAAUGAGAAUUGUCACUAUCGAGGGUGUUAAGAAGUUGUUGUUUGCGAAUGGAGGCAAUAUGGGCGAUCCAGAUAACAACUCAAUAGCUUGUGGUGUGGCUGAGAUCCCGGUGUGA